AUGGACAACAUGGCGCAGGGCUCGGCUUGCGCACUUGUGAUCUGGGACAACUCUUUGAGGCCAUCCCAUCACGACCUAUGGCCGCGAUGGGUAUCGUCGGAGUCCGACCUGCGGGUGCCGAGCCGUCCCCAGCGCGGGGUUCUUGGCACGUUUGUGCACGUCGAGUUGGACGAGCAAGCUCGGAAGACCCAUCAGUUUGACGACUUCAUCGAAACCGUUCGGGUCUUCGUCCACUCUCGGCCCCUCCGCGGUUCCCCGUUCCGACGAUCGACGGCGAUAUUCAGGCGGAUGGCAGAAGCCGAGGCUAGAGUACACCGUACCACGGUAGACCACCUUCACCUCCACGAACUGGGGACUCUCGACACCCUCAUCGAUGUUGUCGGAAGCGUUGCCGGACUCGAACACCUUGGAGUUGAGCGGGUCUUUGCGUCGCCGUUCCCUAUGGGUACGGGUGUUUUCAGGAGUGCUCACGGUGUCUUGCCUGUGCCGUCGCCUGCGACUUCGGCGCUGUUUACGAUGGCGGAUGCUCCAAUAGUUCAAGCACCGGGUAAUCCCGUGAGGACAGGCGAGAUGGUGACUCCGACAGUUGCCGGAAUCAUCACGACACUCGCUGAGUUUCGCCAGCCUACUAUGGCGAUGCAGGCGCACGGCUACGGUCUCGGAUCGAGAGAUCCAAAAGAGUACCCGAAUGUGCUCGGUCUGUGGGUUGGCGAGAUCUUGGAAGGAUCGACGACGGGCGGCCUUUCGCUAUUGGAAACUAACUUGGACGACUCCACUGGGGAGGUGCUCGGUUACGUUCACGAAAGACUGUUCGAGUUAGGCGCUAGGGACGUGUGGUUCACCCCCAUACAGAUGAAGAAAAACAGGCCUGCAACCAUGCUGUGCGCCAUUGUGGAUGAGCUGAUGAGAAACAGGCCGUCGACCUGGUCAUGCGUGAAACGACCACGCUUGGCGUAA